ACACGGAGCGGGGACACGGAGCGGGGACACGGAGCGGGGACACGGAGCGGCCGCGGAGAAACGGCUUCCAGCAUUCUCCUGCUGUCACAGAAAAACCACUUUUGUUCCCGGUGCCCCGAAGCUCUUUGGAAGCGCGUUCUGGUGGAAGGCAGUGAGUGAGCGACGGACGCUGCCCCGGAGCUGGGCGAUGGACCGUUCUCUGCACCUUCGGAACAUGCGAGGCUCACGGAUAGAGCAGGCUGAGAUUAGCUGAACCAAGAGGAGCUGGGUUUUCUUCUGACCUUCUCUUGGCAGCAGACUACCUGUCCAGAAGAUGGGAGCGCUAGCGUACGCCUAAUGCAGACUAAAUCCAAUUGGUACAUCUUGAUCUGCAAAGAAUCCAAUUACUGGACGCGGUAAUUCGCUGCCAUUGAACCGGGUUUGUCGGUGGCUGCCCUCUGUCUGUGAGCGCGGGCGGUGUCACGCACGGGGCAGACGUUCCCCAGGACGUGACCCUCGAGGAGGGGGAGGAGCCCUUCAUCCUGGACGUGCGAGCAGCAGAAAUAAAUCUCUCUGCAGCGCUGGCCACGCCGCGUCUCCUCGCGUCCAGCCCUGUCCCAGCAGCAAGUGCCUGAGCCCGGCAUUGUGAUGCUCCGUGCUGCCGCCCACAGCUGAUGCUGUGUUCAGCAGUGGGAUGGGGAAACUGCAGAGCAAGAUCAGCUUGCACACGGCCACGUACGGGUAAAGCAACCUCAGGUGGUCAUAUCUGGAGUUACUAGAGGGGCUGGAUGAAUGGGGAAUAUAUCAAGCAUGUGGGUUUCGUUUCAGUACUGAAUGUAGGGAUCGGAUCUUUGUUUUCGAGCCUUGCUGCUGCCUGGCUCCUCUGCGGGGCUGAGAUCCAAAACGUAACUCACAGCAGUGGCUGAGCAUGUUGGUGUGACCACUCACACUCCCUGCUCGCUCUGGAGGCUGAAAGGUCUGCCCUUAAUCAUAGGAUCACAAAAUCAUUCCAGUUGGAAAAGAUCUCUAAGAUCCCCAAGCCCAACCCCGAUCCAUCCCCACCACCGACCGCGUCCCUCAGCGCCGCAUCUCCACGUUUCCUGAACACCUCCAUGGAUGGUGACCCCUCCAACCCCCGGGGCAGCCUGUGCCACUGCCUCUCCACUCUUUCUGAUAAGAAAUUUGCCCUAAUACCUGACCUUAAAACACACUGCCGCUGUCCCUGUGCCGCUUGCAGGGCUGAGGGCUCCAUGGGAAGGCCAGGACGCAGUGCAGCAGCGGAGCGGCACAGCCCAGCGCACACCGACGCGGUGACCUGCGUGGCUGCUGUCAGAGCGGAGCUGUGCGUGUCAGGAGGAAAGGACAAGAGCGUGGCUGUCUGUAACUGGAGAUCCGGAGCUGUGCUGGGGCGCUUCGUCAGCCACGAGCACGAGGUCACCAAGGUCACCUGCACCCACGAUUCCAACAGAGUCUUCAGCGCAUCUCGGGACAGGACAGUAAUGAUGUGGGAGCUUCACGGGACCUCAGGGUUGAGGCAGCGCUUCCCAGGACAUGACCUGGUCGUUACUGGACUGGCUGUGAGCCCGGAUGCAUCUCGGCUGUGCACAGGUUCACGAGACAACACCGUUCGCAAAUGGGACGUGGAGACUGGAGAGUGCCUGUGCAGAGCUGCCCUCUCCAGGAACCUGGUAACACAUCUGUGCUGGGUCCCUGGGGAGCCCUACGUCAUCCAGACAUCAGAGGAUAAAACCAUCAGGAUGUGGGACAGCCGGGAGCUGCGGGUGGCACACACGUUCCCAGGCAAGCAGCACAUCCAGACGAGCUGCGACGUGAGCCAGGACGGGCGCUACUGCCUCAGCAGCAGCAGUGGCUUUGCCGGGGAGGGCUGCGAAGCAACCCUGUGGGACCUACGGCAGACCAGGAGCAGAGUGCGCGAGUACAGAGGGCAUCUGCAGACCAUGGCCUCGUGCGUCUUCCUCCCACAGGGCCCUGCUCUCCCCCCCAGCAUUGCCACAUCCUCGCACGACAGCAAAGUGAAGGUCUGGGACCGGGACACCGGAGCUUGCCUGGCCACUGCAUGCCUGCAGGGAGCAGGACCGCUGGCCUCGCUGGCCGCCUGCGACAGCUCCACGCUGCUCUGUGCCAGCUUUCACUCAGGGAUCCACGUGCUGCAGCUGAGGCACCGCGAGGAGCUGGAGCUGGAGGAGGUGGCAGUGCUGUGACUGUAGGAUCCUUCCCAGCAGAGAUUGUCCAUGGGGAUCCGAUCCCCAAAUUCUUCCGCUGACAGCGGGCACUGGGUGACCUCGUGCCUGCAGAGCCGCGAUGCAGCUGAGCUGUGGUGCACAGGCGAUGUAUUGCUUACUGUUUGCUUGUAGGUGGUGGGAAGCAGCUAGAGCUGGCUAGAAGAAAAGCCAAAUCAGUUAUGCAUUCUGGCCAAAUUCUCACUCCUGAAAGACCAGUGUGUACUUUAGUCACAAAACCUCCACACAACCUGGCUGUAAAGGGAGCCAGCGGAGGAGAAAUGAGCUAUGAGAAAGCACAUGCCAUCCCUGCGUCGUUUCUCAGGUCUGAGUGCCUCAUCAGAGCACUCCUCCUGCACCAGGAAAGCUGCUUUUACUGUGAGGAGGAGGAGGAACAACCAACCUGGGACUUCAUCACUGUGAGAAGAAACGGGGGAUCUCUGUCUCUCCCUGGAUCAGAUUUAAAUCAGCACUGCUGAGCCAGCUCACAGCACGGUGCCUGCAGAGGACUCCAGGGAUGAACAGCGUGUAUUUAGCUGCUGUGACACAUCUGGCUCCAUGUUCUGCAGGGUUGGCUCACGUCUGGACAGCGUGUUCCCAAGUGGCAGGCAGCUCUGCAGCAUGCCAGGGCAUCAGGCAGGGAAUGCUCAGCCUCCUCUCCUCCCUCCAGUUCUUCGUCCUGCUGAAUGGGGCUGAGCACAGCCUGACAGCAAUCCUGCACCGGCAUCAGCACCGCAGGAACAACGCGACUGUAAAUGCAGAACAUUCACUGGUGUCCAACAUUUCAUCCUAAGCCAGCUAGAAGGACGCUGCUGUCCAGGUGGGAGCAGGCCAAGCACUGGGUAAGGAUUGUCCCACAACUGGCAGCCUGCUGAGAAACAGCCCAGGAGCUUGUCCCUUAUGGGCAGGGAGGUCCCUGUCUGUGCCACUGGCAUCGUGCACAAAGCUGCUUGGUUUGGACAGCCCCUUCAAACGAUAUCUGAGAAGGGGUUUGAGAACACAGAGCUGGAUAUUUAGGCUUACGCAAGACAACACAGCAACUAAAUAUGGUUUUUGUGCUAUUUCCUGGCCUCAAGUCUGUUAACAUUUUUCCUGGGAAUAAAUAAGAAAGAGCAUGCAGCACAUGGCUGAUGCCACCAUGCUUCUGGAAGGCAGGAGAGAGCACACAGCCCUCUGCUAGAAGAAGGGAAGUAACUCUUGAGUGGGUUUUUGAUGUCCCCCGCUGCAAAUGUUGAGAACAGCACUGAGUCUGUUCCCCAGGGACCAUGGAUUGCUGCUCUCCAGGUGCAAAAGGAGAGAUGAACGCGUUCUCUUUUCUCCUGAAAAUAUUUUAAGACAGACAGAAAUCAAACCGUGUAUCACAGCAUCCCUGUAAUUCGCCCAUUUCUCAGUCAGAUGUUCAAGUCAUGUUUUGACUUUCUAGAACGCAUUUGAAAACUUCAGUUUAAAGAAUAAACAACAAAUAAGAAGUUUCCUCACAGUGGAAUUUAGAACGAGACAAUCCUACAAUGAAGCAGGUGAGACACAUCAAAACCUUCAACGGGAGAUCUGAAACACCCCAUUUGUGAGACAGCUCAAGGAGCUGUGACAUGAGAUGUCUGACAUGGUGCACUGAAAAUUUCUUUGGCCUUCAACAUCCACUGCAAGUGGAAGCAAAGCAGAGACAGGCCUCUACGCUCAGACACCAACUUGCAGAGGCAGAGGAACUGAGGUACACUCUCCUCUAACAGCUAACUCUGCUUUUAUUUUUUGAAGACACAGACUGCUGUCCUGAAAAACAGAAGGUAAGCAAGCAGAGGACAUACAACACACCAUACAUGAAGUGCUGUGUGGCUACCUACAAAUGCACGAAACAGACUGGAGCAAACCUGUGAGCCUGUUUUGGAAGGGAGGUGGAAGAAGGCGGUUCACCUCCAGAUUACUGCAGAAAAACCACUAUCUGCAAUUUAAAACAAAAGUCCUAAAAAGUGGAAGAACAUCAUCCCAGCUUUGGCUCCAACCAAGCCCCGGCUGACACAGAUGCUUCAAAACCGCCU